AUGACAGGAUGUUGGUACAGAGAAGCUUCCACCGUGGUGUACCGUGGCCGUGGCCAAAAAGUGAAGAAAGUGAAGGUGCAGCCCAUCAACCUCAUCUUCAGAUACUUGCAAAAUAGAUCUAGGAUUCAGGCGUGGCUUUAUGAGCAAGUGAAUAUGCAGAUAGAGGGCUGUAUCAUUGGUUUUGAUGAGUAUAUGAACCUCGUAUUAGAUGAUGCAGAAGAGAUUAAUUCUAAAACAAAGUCAAGAAAACGACUAAGUCAAAUCGUGUUAAAAGGAGAUAAUAUUACUCUGCUACAAAAUAUCUCCAACUAG